AUGGCAAUACACAACCCUCUUGCCCAGACCUGGUUUCCCGUCCUUCUUGAAGUGGUGUCUACCGCGGUAUUCAUCCUAACUGCGUGGAUCGCAAAGAGUACUCACACGCCUCGGGUCGCUCUUGCCGGUUUCAUCAUCGACCCCAGCUCGACUCUCACCCUCUUGAGCAUUUUCUCGGGCCUGCUUUCAACGCUGCUCACCAUCGUGCUAGCCUCUGUCUUUGAACUCAUCCACUGGGCGCUUACCGUGCGACAUGAUGGGUUGUCGUCGCUUGGCUUCCUGGGACUGUCCCCGACGACGGGCAUCAUGGGCUCCUUAGCCAUCAUCUUCACUCGGCAAUUGCGAGCUGUAGACAGACUAUGGCCUUUUCUUCGGUAG